AUGGCGUCGAAGCAGCCGGCCGCGGGCGAAGCCCUUGCGGUCCAAAUCAAUGGCAUGUCCCGCUCCGAGAUGUACGACAUGAUGUCCAAGAUGAAGAGCAUGAUCGACCACGACCAGGAGACGGUGCGCCGCAUGCUUGUUGACAACCCGGAAGUCACCCGUGCGCUCUUUCGGGCGCAAGUGGUCCUUGGAAUGGUGAAAACACCAAAAACUGCACAAUCUUCAGACAUGGUCCCACCCACAGCAGUGCCAACAGCACCUUCCUCAGUCAAAACUACUGCACCAGAUCAUGUCAGCUUGCCUCCACCCCCAUUACCUUCUAACCAGCAGAGUGUUGCUCAACUUUCUGCCCCGUUUCCAUCUGGCUUGUCUAAUGUGGGAUCGACGAUGGACAUUCCUACUAUUUCAGCAAACCCACCACAACCAACACAAGCAAAAGGAUACCCUAUCCAUCAGAUGCUUUCAUCAGCUUCUCAGCCAUCUCAACAUCCAAAUAUGGCCCUGCCUCAUGCUCCUCCACAGUAUUCCAAUCUUCCAUCACAUAUACCUAUAGUUCAUAGUCAGCCACAGCAACCUUUGCAAAGUCCUGCAAUAUAUAAUCAACAGUUGCAACCACCUUUGCCCCAAUUGUCUAGGCCACCAUCUAUGCAGUCCUUUGCUCAUCAGAUGUAUCCACAAGUAUCAAAUUCAUUUGGGUUGACUCAUGCAAAUGCUCCGCAGCACAUGUUACAACAACCGAUGUUUCAUUUAAGAUUCUAUGCUGAAUCCAUAUGA